GUCAGUGUCGUCAGAUCCCUCGCGCUCCGCCACAGUCCAAUUAUGGUCUGCUUCGCGCAUUGGAAACAAGAUGGCGAUGCAAGAUGGCGAUGCAAGAUGGCGACGAGUGUAACGCUGAACUCGAGGCUUCCAACGGGCAGUCCACAAACCAAUGGGUGACGUCAUGGAUGGACAGAAAGUGUUGUGUGAAGCUGUCGGUCCAGCCAUCCAGAGGGCUUGUGGACGAGAAGUUUAUCAUCUUGGUCCGGAAAGUCUUUCCUGGUUUCCAGCUGACCAUCCAGGCCCUCCACACCUGUGACCAUGGACACAGCUGGGAGGCAUUUUCUCACUACACCGCCAAUGCUACCGGGACAGUAAACGUUUCAGAGGAUCCCAGUCUGGGCGGGACAUAUUCUGGAGUUGAACCAAUGGGUCUACUCUGGAGCCUCAGACCAGUUCCAGGAAGCAAACCUGGGCUCCGGAUGAAGAAGAUCAAUGUCCAGACUCCCAUGGUGGUCAAAAUCUCUGUGUACCAGGGUCAUCAGACUGAGGGCUUGGUGGAUCAGGUGCCACUGGCUGGUGUGGUGGUGGAGCGCUGGUACAUGGCACCUGGUGUCGUCAGGAUCCCGAUCACAGAGGAAAGACUCUCUGCGACCCUUUUCCUCCCCUCAGGACCAGGACCUUUCCCCGGCAUCCUGGACCUGUGGGGGGGUGCAGGGAAGUUGGUGGAGUACCGUUCAGCACUGCUGGCCUCCCAUGGCUUCGCUGCCAUGACCCUUGCCUACCUGUCACCUAAAGUGGUCAGGGAAACUGGGAAGAUGGUGGACGACACAUACUUUGAGAAGGCCUAUGGAGUCCUGGAGCGGCAUCCUCAGAUCCUCAGCAGCAGGAUCGCCAUGUUGGGUUUUUCCAUUGGCGCCUCUGUCACCCUCAGAAUGGCUGUUUAUUCCCAAGUUAUAAAACUCAGGUGCGCAGUGUGUAUUAGUGGGAUCCAUGUGCAGCCGAUUGAUCGACCUGUGGUGCAAGUAUUGAGUUACUUCAAUGAUGAUGCAAAGACUCAGGUUACCAAGGAAAACCACGUAAUCUCGCGAAAUUGGGUCCUGCCCAUCACCAAAGACCCCUCACUCAAAGUGGAUGUGGGAAGACUCCAGUGUCCUCUGUUGCUGGUUGUAGGUGAGGACGAUCAGAACAUGGCUGCCCAAGAAUCUGCACUGGAUAUGAAGGAGAUGAUGGAGCGGGCCGGGAACAGUCACCUGCUGACUGUUCUGUUGUACCCAAACACCGGUCACCUGAUUGAACCUCCGUUCACGCCGUUUGUCAGAUUCAGCAACUUCCGAUCAGUCAAAUUACCUCAGAUGGGGAUGGCUCUGUUGGGUGGAGAGGUGGUGGCACAUUCUCGUGCUCAGGAAGACGCCUGGAGGAAGACGCUGAACUUUCUGAAGGAGAGUUUGUAUGGCGGCACAGAUUCCCUCUCAAGAUUAUAGUCGUUAAGUUCGGGUGCCUCUGGUUUAGGAAGUAAAAGCACCAUUGAUUUUCCCCAUGAAUAAUGUGAUAUGACUUAAUUCAUCUAUUGUUCUGAUGAUUUCACCACAAAAAAAAUGUGUCAAUUUUAUUGUGCUAGAAAGUAUCUGGUAAAAAUUUCAGUAAUAGUAAUUGUGAUAAAAAAUAAGGCAGCUUUCACAGUGGCAAAAGAAAGUUGUUUACAUUGAAAAAAACAAGAAAACAGUGAGACUGGCAUUUUCUUCUUAUUGACUAACUAUAUUACUCUUAACUACAAUUAUCUGACAACACAAGUUAAUAAUUACAUUAUAAAUUCUGAUGUUUGCAUGCAAAAUAUACUUAGAGCUUAGAAAAUAUGAUGUUUUUGUCAUAUAUUAAACUACCUAACAGUACAUACAAAUACAGUUGAAAUGGUUGAUUAAUCCAUUAGUCAACUGACAGAAAUUGGCAAGUAUUUUUCUGCAUUUAGUACUUUAAAUAAUUCAAGUAAAAGGACAUGACUACUUCCUACUAGAAAUUAACAAUGUGACACUGAAAUUUCUUAAUGCCACAAGUGUAUUUUACACAUGUAGAAAAAGUCCAAUACAGUUGAUCUGAUGCUGGGCUGUUCAAGAUAUCUGGAAGGCAGAGCAGCAGCCCAAGAAGCUUGUGUUCACAGCUGUUAAAUAGGCAAAUGUCGCCAUCUCGAAGAAAAACAAAAAAAUAAUAAUCAGUGAUUAAAUUAAAAAGGAGAUUAUUAAAAGUCAGUGUGGGAGAUGGUGGUUUGUAAAAAAAAAAAAACUCCUUUGGUUUAAAACAAAAUGUAUAUUUUAUUUUUGGUGCA